CAGAGUGCACUGUAGCCCCAGUUGCAAUGGAGGACAGUGACCAUGAGGCUCACUCUUCGUCAGACGAGCAGGACUCCUGCCCUGCCUCCCCUAAUCACAGCAGGGAGCAUAAUGAUGAACAGCACUCAAGCCAUUCAGACGACUCAGAGGUGGAGAACAUUAUGCAAGACCCUCACCACCAAGGAGGGCACAGCCGCCACCACCACCACCACCAUGACCAUGACCACAAGCACCACCCCCACCCCCAUGACACUGAGCCUCAUGAAGCAGACAGGGGAGCUGAGGGCGAAGACCGCCCCCACACCCCAUCAUAUUUGCGUCCCCCCGUGGCGGGAAGGGCGCAGUCGGAUUCAGGUUCAGAGCCCAGUUUACCGCAGAGCAGAAGUGUGGAGUUUGACUUGCCGUGCCCUGUCAGUCCCACCAGGCCCAGGAGUCCCUGGGGUCGGUUUGACCCAUACGACAAUAAUGAGGACCAGGACAAGGAAUACGUGGGUUUUGCGACACUGCCAAACCAGGUGCACCGCAAGUCAGUGAAGAAGGGAUUUGACUUCACGCUCAUGGUAGCAGGCGAGUCUGGCCUGGGAAAGUCCACCCUGGUCAACAGCCUCUUUCUCACAGAUCUUUACAAAGAUAGGAAGCUGCUCAAUGCUGAAGAGCGAAUCACACAAACAGUAGAAAUCACCAAACACACAGUGGAUAUAGAAGAGAAAGGUGUCAAACUGAAGCUCACCAUCGUGGACACCCCUGGGUUUGGGGAUGCUGUAAACAACACUGAAUGCUGGAAGUCAGUGGCUGACUACAUCGACCAGCAGUUUGAGCAGUACUUCAGGGACGAGAGUGGCCUCAACCGCAAGAACAUCCAGGACAACCGUGUACACUGCUGCCUCUAUUUCAUCUCACCCUUUGGCCAUGGCCUCCGGCCUUUGGACGUGGAAUUUAUGAAAGCUCUUCACGAGAAGGUUAACAUCGUCCCCAUCUUGGCCAAAGCAGACACACUCACCCCCAGUGAGGUCAAGAAAAAGAAAAUCAAGAUCCGAGAGGAGAUUGAGCAGUACGGUAUCAAAAUAUACCAGUUCCCUGACUGUGACUCAGAUGAAGAUGAGGACUUUAAGCAGCAGGACCUUCAGCUGAAGGAAAGCAUUCCCUUUGCAGUGAUCGGCAGCAACACGGUGGUGGAGGCCAAAGGGAAGAGGGUGCGAGGCCGUCUGUACCCCUGGGGCAUCGUAGAGGUGGAGAACUCUGCACACUGUGACUUCGUGAAGCUGAGGAACAUGCUCGUUCGCACACAUAUGCAAGACCUGAAGGACGUGACACGGGAGACUCACUACGAGAACUACAGAGCCCACUGCAUCCAGAGCAUGACCCGCAUGGUUGUGAAGGAACGCAACCGCAAUAAACUAACCAGGGAGAGCGGCACAGACUUCCCCAUCCCCGCCGUGCCCGGAGUGUCAGACGCCGAGACAGAAAAGCUCAUCCGAGAGAAAGACGAGGAGUUGCGGCGGAUGCAGGAGAUGCUGCAGAGGAUCCAGGAUCAAAUGCACACUCAGAAAGACGGCUAUUAACACAGGACAGCACCGUGUACAUGCAUCUCUGUAACGGGGAUAAACAAAAUUCAAAUAAAGAAAAACCACCUAGAAAACCUUUACUCCUCUCUAGAACAUUGGCAUCCUGACGUGUCCACCCAACCACCGCUCAACCUCAUCAACAGCACGUUACACUUGGAUCAGGGACCUGCGCGGAGGUGAUAAGAUGUUCUGGCAUUUGCAGCUUCCCUUUAUCCUCUCUGACAUUAUGGCGCCACUGCUGCGACACACUCGACCCUCCACUUUACUGUCUUCUGUUCUGUUGUAACUUUGAUUAAAAACAGAUGUGUUUGAAUGAGCUGUCAUGGUAAGAAGGGUGGAAUCACAGCGAUCUGAUUUCUCCAAAUAUCUGAACUUUAUGUAGCCACAUGAUCACAGGGUUGUUUUAUUUUUUACAUGAGGUCUGAUAUGAGGUUUACAUGUGGUGACCUGCUCAGAUUUUUUUAAGCACACUUUUCUGGUGCAAGUGUUUAUUUUUAUUAUCUCUAUAGGUCAACAUGCAUACUGUAAUAAUUUAAUUUUCUAUAUUACACUCAUAAACCUUUGUUCUACUGUUUAUCAUAUUGUAUGUGUUCCUGGUUUUAAUUUAAACGACACUGCUUGACUUCAUGUACGGAUGAUUGUUUUAUAUAGAUUUCCUGUCAGCUGAGGUUACUGCAGGUUCAUUUGGUUUAAUCUUAAAGGGGAACUUCACCCAUUUUUAAAAUCAUACAUGUUAUUUCUGUGGUCUAAGACAGUCCAAAAUGGUAAACAUGAACAACUCUGUCCAGAAUCCAAACACAUAACUCAAAUUUGUGAUGUUAUCAAGUGUAAAGUCUGGAACAGUAAUCUUACUGUGCAGUUAGUGUGUAAGAUAAAGCAGUAACAAUAUUCCAAAGUUAGCAUACAUUUAGCUGAUACUGAUAUUUUUGGUGGCUAAAAUAUAUGCUGCUGUGGCCCCUGUCCACAGCAGCAUAUUGCUUAGUUUCUGUGCCACGAAAGAUGCUAGCAAAGAAACACAGUACAUAAAAUAAGCACAGCAGAAACGUCAGAUAGGCCGGACCAACAUGUCAAACUAUAUAUCUUUAAACAUUACAGUUAUGGCUGAAAAUGACAACAGAGAUAUAAAAGUUUUCUGAUUUCACAUACCGUAAAACUUCAAUUAGUAGCCUGGGCUAUUAUUUUAUUUUUUUAUUUUAUUUUAUUAAAUUGCAGAACUCAACAGGCCUCUAUAUGAGAUAGACUUCUAAUUUCUUUCACACAAAACUGCUGCACUGCAAAGAUAUGUCGAUGUUGAUGGAAACCAGUGUGAAUAUUACUUGGUUAAAAUUUUGGUUUCUGUAACAUAUCAGUUAUGAAGAAGUUACCACUUUAUUUGCGUCACUCUUGUCUUGUUUACCAGGCCGGUACAUUUGAAUGAAUUAUUCUCUGGUGCUCCUGGUUUCAGUAAAUUGAACUGAACAAUUGAAUUGUAGAGAAUCUUACAAAGCUAAGGAUAUGUAGCAUCUUCAUAUUGAAAAAAGUUUAAACAUUUACAUUUGUAUGCACGAUCUAAGUAGCUAAAUAACGUUAGCUUCAGCAGCUAGCAAAUAACCUGGUUUUAUACACGCAAAGUUUUAUAAAACAUGGCAACCAGACCAGGCUUCUAAUUGAGACAGGCCUUUAUUUGUCAAACUGUGUAGCCACGACAGGCUAGUAAAAGAGACUGGGGGUUUGAUUGGGACUGGGCUUUUAUUUGAAGUCUUACUGGAGCUCCGCAACUCAAAUCAGUUUCCAGUUGUCUACCCAAUGGUUGUUGUUGUUGUUGUUAGCAGGACAAGGUAUUUUGGUCUAUAUGGGUACGUUUUCUGUUUCAGAACUUGUUAUAAAGAAGUAAACAGUGGGUCCACAAAAUCAGUCUCCUAUUCAUGUCUGUGGAGCAGCUCCUGUAUACUUGAUUACAUCACAGUCUUAGACGUACUUAAUACGUAAUAUUGAUUAAACUUUCCUAGACCACUGAAAUAACAUAUGGGAAUUCUGAAUAUAUGUGGUGUUCCCCUUUAAUGCGAGGGUUCAUUUAAAUUUUGUUUUACUAGUGUCUGCAUGUUUAUCGUACAGUAGUUGCCACCUCUGCUGCCUGACAGCAUGGAUGUUCGUGGUUCCGCUCAGUGUUGGCCAGUCUUAACUCACUGCAGUGCUUAUUGCCAUAUCAACAUUUAAAAUAAUCCAACUUUUUACAUAACAAAGGAGUCGUUAUUAUUUGGAGAAUCCCCCCAAAGUCAGUUUAUCUCAUGAAAAAAACACCAACAGUUCUCAUGUGAGAGCUGGUGACACCUGUUACAUGUUAGAGAUGUUUCGGACUUUGAUAAGACAAGACCCUUGAUUUGCAUGAGGUGAGUGUCCGAGGGAAGGGUCACAUCAAAGGCCAUGCAGUGUAUUUAUUUUUGCAUGUGUUGUGUGAAGGUUUCUCAGAUUGCAGAUCAGUUUAGUGAUCGUAAAGGUAUUUAUGGGCAAUGAAAAUAUGUAGCUACUUAAUUGUUUGGGGGAAAUAUGUUGACAAGAGGUGGAUUUUAUUUUUAAUGUUUUGGUUGGUUAUAAUUAUGUCCUUGGUUCAAGGGAACCCACAUGUUGGAUGUGUUAACCUUAACGUUUAUCUUGUAACCAAAGCCAACAAUGACAAACUUAAUUUUAUGAUUUUCCUUUUCAAAGUGUGAAUUUUGUUUUGUACUGACAUAAGGAAUAUGACUUAUCAAAGCCAAGAGUAAUGAACAAAAUUAUUGGAUGAACUUGAUUUUCUUGCUAAUUGUUUCUAUGUUCCAGACGUUAUUUUGGAAAUUAGAUGUCUCUGCCAUGUUGUGUGACCUUUGUUAUAUAAAAAGAACAUUCCUUGAGCUUCUGUCCCAGAGUCAGGUAUUACUUUUGUUUCUGAAUUUGUUUUAUAUUAAAUUUGUCUUUUGUUAUUCUACUUUUUGGAGUAUAUUUAUGUAAUAAAUUUAUAAAUGAAAUGUGGAUGGAGAAGACAAUAUGUACAAAUUCUAAUAUUGUAAUAAAAUAUGAAUAUAAUUUCAUGGCUCCAUCAGACACUGGGUUUUGCUUUUAUGUUGUAAAAAUGUACGCAGAAUUGAAAGCUUUGUCUUAAUAAACAUGUUUCCCACA